UUUUGGAAGGUGUUUUGGAAGUGCCGGAAGUGCCUGUUUACGUUGUUUGAUUUGAAUUUGUAAUUUUUACUUUUUUUUCAAAUAAACUAUUAAUGGAUGAAUUACGAGGGCCUACUAUCCAGAUAGUUCUACACAUAAAAGAAGGACUUGGUUUCGGUUUUUUGCGGACUCCGUUCAUAGUUAGCGGCUCCCUCAAUGGCUAUAUGCUGGAGACGGAUCCAGUGGUUCCUUGCCACGCACCAGUUUUCGACGCCGAGCUCGUAUGGGAGGCAGAUAAACGCAGAUUUCGGAGUCUGCGAGUCCAAAAUGUCCCUAUUAAAGUGGAGGUUCACACCUUGGGCACUCAAGGCAGAAAAGACAAAGUAGGAUACUUCUUAUUGAGUCUACUUGGAGCAGUCCCUUCUCCAUCUAAUAAGAUUGUUGAUUUAAAGCUUACUUGGCAUAGGCUUCUUGGCAUACGGUCUGAGGGCAAGUGUUGUCAGCCUCAACUGCAAGUCAGCCUCUCUAUUGAAGACAGAGUGAACACUGUUACUCCUCGCAAUGAACUAUGUUUGUUUCACAGUAACGAAGUGGUAUACCCAUCUUCCCAAGGAACAGUGCAGCCUCAAGUCAGAUCUAUAUUGAUGACCCUCAAUGAGUACAUAUUGGAGAGCAAGCGAACGGCGUUGACUACAGAGCUACAGCCCCGUUUACUCUGCGACGAAGGGCUCAUUCAGAUCGGCAAUGGGCGGCACUUAUUUGUACUCAGCUUCGUUAUCGGCGCCGUUGACAAUUUGGACUUGCUGCUGCCCGUAAAAGCCGCGACUCAAAAAGAGCCGGCGGAUUGUUUCGUCAACUAUUCCGUCUUUACUCAUGACAUUAGGACUGAUAGGGUCGAAGCAAAGACAGGUGGAAGCAGCUUAACAGCGCAAUUCAACCAGCGCACAUCGCUACGCAUUCGUUCAUCUCUGAGCGCUUUAGCUCUGUACUUUGCUGAAUGCCCUCAUCUUGUCAUACGCGUCUGUGUCAAUGACAUGGAUAGAGGUAUCUGCAGUAUGGACUUACGCAAAUUGAUCCCCACAAACGACAUUCACCAGUUCCAAACAUCGUUCUGCAACUCGGCUAAAGCACUGACAAUACACGAACGAUGUUUUUUACUGCGCUGUGAUGAAACGGAGCCGCGUAAUGAAUCGCGUCGCCCUUACGUUGAUGUGGAAAUGACCCUCAAAUAUUUGGGUGUCGCUCAGGAUAAGAAACCAAGCCUCCUAACCGCUCGCAGCGUCACUCAACUAGAGAGCGACAGAAAGCACGACCCGAUGCCGCAAGACGUCAUCAUCAUCGACUGUAAAAGCGGCAGCUGCACCAACCUUACUGAAGACAUUGGUGGUGUCUCCUAUACUAACAUGGGUGUUAGCAAUACUAGCAGAUACAAAAACGCCGGCGGCGACGCGUACCUUCAGACAAACGAACUGGCGGACCUAAUAAAGAAGAUGUAUGAAUCGUUUACAAGCAGCCAAGAGAAACUUCUGGCUGCCAGAGUAAAACCUACUACUAGCGACAUGCAAGUGCAGGUGGAACCAUUAAUUGAGACAGAAGACGUGCCUGUGGAGGAUAUCAAAAUACCUAGGCCUACAAGUGAUACCGUACAUUUGGAACCGAGCAAAAGCGAUACAUGCAUCAGACAAACGGGAAGUGGACAUUAUAGUAUGGCGUACAUGGGACACAAUCCGAAGGAGACAGAUUUGGUGAAAAUGGCGUUAACGCCGACAGAGAGGGAUGCUAUUAUGCAGAAGUUCGUCGACGAGCUGGAAGAUUGGAAGGAGAAACAGCAGGAAUUGUAUAAAUGCCAGUUGCAACGCAAAGAAGAAUACCACCUCGAGCUUCUAGCAAAAGAAUGGGCGAAAAAACGCGUGGAGCUAGAAUGCAAGCUGAGCAAGGGCGUAGAACAAUGCCGGGCUCUGGCCGCCGAUCUGAGUCGCGCUACGGAAGACUUCAGAUUGCGAGGGUACCGCAAUACUGAACGGGAGAAGAAGUUGUUAGACGCGAAGAAAGCGCUAGAGGCUCACUACACUGCUAAAUACCAGGAGUUGCGGCUCGCCUCGCAGCAGAUGGAGGACGACAUGAAGCACCAGAUCAAGCUGAAGGAUAUGCGAAUCGAAGAGCUGGAGGCUAAAGUGCAGCAGUUACAGAAACAAGUUGAUGUUUUGCAGAACAAUCUGAGAAAUAACGAGAAAGAAGCCGAAACCAAAUAUUCAGGACUUACGAAAGGUCAAACUGCUAGUCUUAUUCAGGAAUUGCGUUGUCUCGAAGAGAAACUGGAUAGUGCAGUCCAAUCGAAAGCGUUCUUCAAAGAACAGUGGGGUCGUGCAGUACGAGAAUUACACCUUAGUAAGUUGCAUACGAGAAAGCAGAUGCUAUCGCAGUUGCAGCAGGACAGACAACAGCUCGGAGAGAUGGGGUUAGACCCAAUACCAGAUGAGAAUAGUACUAGCCAGAGCCAAAUAGAUUUAAAAAGGCUGAAGGACGACUUCUACGUUGAUAUACUCGCCAAUACACCAGCAUUGGAUACUCACUCUAUGAUCAGUGCUGCUGGACCUCAAGGAAUGGAAAUGUUUGAUCUCGAAAAAAAUGCUCCAAAGAAUCCUAUGAACGAGAAAUUGAAUGAGUUAAUAACGCAACGGGACCGUCUCAUUCAACAGGACAGCCCCAAUGAAGAGAUGGUCAAACAGCUCAAUCACGAAAUUCGUAGCAUGCUUCUUAAUUGUGGUACUUGAUUAUUUUUUCUUUUGUCAAAUAUUGUAAUAAUUACUUACAAACCGGCCUAUUAGCUGAAUUGAAACUUAUGAAAACAGUGCUUGCACACUUCAUACAUUUUGAUUAUUCCACCUCUUUAUCAUGUAGAAGUUAUACUUUAGUAAUAUAAUGUUUAACAUUCUAGAAAUUGUUUUAAUACCUAGUUAUGAACCAGGAAAUGGGUGGAAUUAAACUAUGGAU